UCAUUCCACAGUGAGACGCCGUCGCGAUCGCUAGUCUCGAGCGGAUCGAAUUCAAAUUUUAGAUAUUCACAACAAAUAUCGAAUAGAGACAAAACAGUUUAAAACCCAAAACGACUUUGAAUCCAUAAAAAUACAAGAACAUUAAAGAAGAGUUUCAGUUGCGUCAGAAUAAACUGUGCGUAGAAUUGACAACGGGGGAUGUGCGAAAAGGGAAUCGCAGAACUCAGAAUCCCAUGACGCCAUAUUUGUUUUUCAUCUUGUUUGUGUAAAGUGUUUGUGAGUGUUAACGACAACAACAGAAACAACCGAAUAGAGAGAGAGAGAAAGAGAGCGAAUCAUAGAUAUUUCUGUGUGUAAAGCAAAAAUUUCGAAAUUCAACAGAAAUAUUAUCGAUUUGAGAAAAGUGAAACAAACAACUUCAGCAAGAUAAAUAUUCCGAAAAAAGUCAAUCUCGAGCGCGUGUUUUCUACUUGCUACGAUUAUGGCUGAGAGGGCAGCUUUGUGUGUGUGAUCGGUGAACAUGCAUGUGUUGUGUGUGAUGUGAUCGUGUGGAUCGUGUGUGUGUAAAUGCAUGUGUAUUGUUAGAGUGAAUGCGAAUAGCAGUGUAAGAAAUAUCCGCUUACCUAAGCGAACAAAAUUCUCUCUCGCGCGACAACGACGACGGCAACGGCGACGGCGACUUAAGAACCACAAUUGAAUACAGUAGAAAACCAACACACACACACACACAUAUAUACACAUAUAGAGUGUUAUACCUGAACGUGGCUAACACAUAAAGCAAAACCAGAAUAUCCACAUUGUUGUUCGUCGGUCUCGCGAUCGCGCCUACGUAACUUAACGUAACGUAACGUAUCGAAACGCAAUUAACGUAACGUAAGACGUUCAUUGUUGCUGACACAAUGGGCGACUCCACGCCCAUUUGCCGCUGCCGUGUGCUGUAUCUGGGCAGCGCUGUGCCCCGCCAGAGCAAAGAUGGCCUACAGGGCAUCCAGGAACCUCUGCGCAGCCUUUAUCCAUCCGAAGGCGCCGUCGGAGCCAAGGGCAUCGAUAGCUGGCUGAGCGUCUGGUCGAAUGGCAUACUGCUGGAGAAUGUCGACGAGAAUCUGAAGCAGAUCACACGUUUCUUUCCCAUCGAAUCGUUGCACUAUUGCGCAGCCGUGAGACAGGUUCUGAUACCGGAGCGCGGCAACUCGAAUCCGGAGCCGAAAUUUCUGCCGUUGGAUUCGCCAUUUGCUCGCAUGCCGCGCGCCCAGCACCCGCCCAUCUUUGCAGCCAUACUGCGUCGCACCACCGGCAUCAAGGUGCUCGAGUGCCACGUCUUCAUUUGCAAGCGCGAGGCGGCCGCCAAUGCUCUAGUCAGAUGCUGCUUCCACGCCUAUGCGGACAACUCGUAUGCCCGCCAGCUGGAAACGGGCAGCACCGGUGGCGGUGGCAGCAGUGUCUAUGGCACGCUCAAGAGUGGCGCCGGCAGCAAAUCGAACGGGGAUCUGACCAGCGUGGGUCUCACCAAUGGCAAUGGCAAUGGCAAUGGACUGCAUCAUCAUCACCAUUUAGCCGGACAGAAUAGCUGGAGAUCGCGUGCGGGCAGCACGACAACUCUGAAUAGCUUGGGACGGCAAUCGAAUGGUCAUGUGUUGAAUGGAUCGGGGAUGGGCAUGAAUGGCGGCAGCACUGGCAGCGCCGCUGAGGGUUAUACAUCAGUCAAGAAUUUUUAUGGCAGCAGUGCGGAUCUAAAUGUUACCGUCGAUGAUGGCGAGGCGUCUGUGUACAAUGGCGACGAGAAUCACAAGGUAUGGAGCGGCUCACAGGAUCAGCUGGACAGCAUUGGCGCCGUGGAGAGUCCCUACGAACUGUUCGCCGGCAACACUUCAACGCUGGGCCGCCCGCUGCGAGCUCGCCAGAUCAGUGCACCCAUCGAUGUGCCACCGCCACCGGUGAAGGAGGAGCGCAAGAGCGGCAAGCGGGACAAGAAGUCAUCGAAGUCGAGUGGCAGCCAGAGCUUGUCUGGCACUCUGAUCCGACCAAAGCCCAUGCAUCCGGCAGCGAUGCAUCGCUCACAGAUGCACCCAGGCCCAGGACCAGGCGCCGCCGGAGCCGCCAGUGUCAUCUAUGGCCCGGUGUCGGGACCACACGCCGGCCGGCAAUAUCACACAAUUAGUCAUCGUGGCUUUCCGCCAGGACCCGGCGGUCCGCUGCCGCCACAUCAUGCGCAUCCACAUGCCCCGCAUCCACAUGCAGCUGCUGCUGCCGCCGCACAUCAUCAGCAGCAACAGCAUCACAUGAUGCAGCUGCAUCAUGCACAGCAAAUGGCGGGCAUGCCACCGCUGCAGAUACCCAUGAUGCUGCCACAGCAAUACGCCACGUUGCAGCCGUCGCGUUCCACCAGCAAAAAGAAGAAGAAGGACAAGAAGAAUGGUGGUGGCGGUGUACCUGUGGGCAUGCCCAUCGUGCCGCCCAUCUAUGCGUAUCAUCAGCAACAGGCGAUGGCCGGAGUGCCGCCACCUCCGAUGGCACAGUCACUGAUCGGCGAGCCACGACCGCUGAGCAUGUCCAGCCGCAAGUUGGCUGCCUCCAUGGGCAACGGUCUGGAUGAUUCGGGCAACUCGGGAGCCGAGUCUCCGUCGCCGGGUGGCACCGGGAUCUAUCGUCGCAAGGGGCAUCUGAAUGAGCGCGCCUUCAGCUACUCCAUACGCCAGGAGCAUCGCAGUCGCAGUCAUGGCUCGCUGGCCAGCCUGCAGUUCAAUCCGCCGGACAUGAAGAAGGAGCGUGAGAUCGCCCAGAUGGUCGCCGGUCUGGAUCUGAACGAUGGCGAACGUCGUUCGAUGGCUGGUCCGGGGCCGGCGACGCUGCAACGCAAACAGCAGGCGGGCAUGGUGAAUGGCGGUGGUCCAGCGGCGCAUCCGCAUGCGCAUCCCCAGCAUCAUCCACAUGCGAUAUACGGGCCAUUGGGGCCAGCGAGCAGUUUUGGCAAACCACGCAGAUAAGAGAGAUCAUUGAAGAUCGCGUUGAAAGCAUCUUGAAUUGCACAACAUUGAGAAGCGAUGCUGGUCAAAAGGAAAUAAAUAAUAAUAAAAUGGGGAAAUAUUUAGUGGAAUCGUAACAUGAAUAGCGACAAGAACAACAAAAAAAAAACAAAAAAACA